CUCAUUCAUAAUCGGAAAGUGCGCCAUUCGUUACGAAAACAUAAACAUAACAAGAUUUGUGCGUUGAAUUUUGAAAUUGCUGCAGUUUUUAGUGCGUUUAUCCGAGCUUCUCUGUUAAUUCGGUGUUGAAAUGUUGUUCGUUGUAGUGUAAAUUUUGUCAAUUCAAGUUAAGCUUUUGAAAUGGCCAUCCAGCUGGUUCUGUUCGACUGUGAGAAGCAGGAGGAAAUUACGGUGGCCUCAACUGAGAUCGUCAUCGGGAGGGAUUCGAUUUUACAGUGUGACGACAAGCGCAUCUCGCGGCAGCACGGCAUUAUAAAACACGAUGGAGCACUGGCCGGGCGCAGCAUUCAGAUCACGUCCACUCACGCGAACCCAAUCUUCCUCCGGACUUCGGAUCAGGUUCUGAACAUCCUGACGAAGGAUUUGACCGCAACGCUGCGGCACGGCGAAAGGUUUGCCCUUCUACCGGAUCAGUAUUGGUUCGAGGUGAGAUUUCGGGAUACGGACACGGAAGAGCCGGUCAGUAGCAGUUCGGUUGGAGUUCCGGAAGAGGCAACGGCAGCUGGAGGAGAGGAAGGUGCUACAGGAGGAUCGAUACGGGUUCGAACGAUGGAGGAGGUCAAUAGCGCAGUUGCCGCGGAGGAAGCACGGGUACUUCCGGAUUGGAUAGGAGGAUCUGGUGGCGGAGAGAAGAGGAAGAACGGAGAUGAUUCGGAGGCUGAUAGUUCAAAGAAAGCAAGAAGCGAGGAAGAACCGGUUAAGGUCGAUCCGGACUCUGGGGAAGCAAGCACAUCCCAGGGGAAGCCCACAUCAUCAGAAGACCCGGAAGUUAAACCGGAGAUCAAGAAGGAAACGGCAGACAGUACCAGUUCCCCGUUGAGGCCUUCGUGUGAGUUUGGAGUUCGUUGCUACAGACGCACCUUGGAGCACAGGACACAAUUUGCCCACCCGAAUGACAGUGACUACCGGAGGCCGACGUUCCCUCCGGCACCGAGUGACGCUCCCCACUGUCCUUACGGGGCAUCCUGCUAUCGACGCAAUCCGCAACACUUCCGGGACUUUCAGCAUCCCGAUUCAAGUGAGUAUAGACGAGCCACCGUCGUCACACCAGCGGCAGUGAUCGUAACGAACCAGCAGAAUCCUGCCGGAGCCAAUCAACGGAACAACGAUCUCAACGUGCGAAGGCAUCGUCGUCGCUUGGCUCGGGACCUUGUGAUAGCGGCCAUGGCUGACCCGAACCUGUUCGACGAUGAUAGCGACGAGCUGGACGAAGACGAUCUGUUUGGGGACGGAGAUGAUUCCGACGAGUACCUGCCGGGAAGAGGAGGGGGAAAUUCCGACGAAGACGACGACGACGAUGACAGCCCUGAACUCGCAGAAGACGAGAAUGAAGAGUAGCUGUGGGGUGGACUCAGGUAACCGUUGGGAAUCGGGGAGGGGAGAAUAAAUCUUGCGCCAUUGUACCUUUGAACUUAA